AUGCAUUUUGUUCGCGGGGUCGAAUAUGCGAUCCGGCUUACGCAAUGCCUACCAACCAAUCCGCUUCAGUCAAUAGACGGUACCCUUGCAGGGCUCUGUUCAGCGACGGCGCUUCAGGUUCACUGCGAAGCACCUCGAAAGGAGCGAGCAUCUACCGGCCCUACUUGCAGUCUCGAAAGCUAUCAAGAACGAGUAUUUCAGCAGACGCCGCCAAAAUUGAUGAGAAUGAAAGUCCAGAUCAUUGACGCUCGAUAUAUUGACAUGGGCAAACUCCUCCGGCUACUUAAGAAGAAGUUCGGGGAAGACAACUUCGAAGUCGAAUCUGAGAACAUUCAUACUAAUGCACGUAAUCAGGAGCAAGGAGAGUGGCUCCGAUUGACUGCUCCUAGGAUCCUGACGGACGUGAGUACCCCGGGCAUCUUCAUCUUUCAACCAUGCCCGUCAGAUAUACUGAUAGGAUUGUAUGUCUAUAGGAGGAAAAGGAAGAGGUUCAGCGGACAAUUUAACGUGAGAACAGCUGGGCAUACAAUACAGGGUGAUACGUAA